CAUCUCUGCUCAAGCACGUACAUUAAAAGCUUUUCUAAAAUAACAGAGAUAAGAGAUAAUUACAUACACGUGAGAACACACACACAACACUUGAGCUGCGUACAUACUACUACAUAAAAGACUAUUUUUCAGUAUUUUCUUUUUUCUGUUGAAUUUCAAGCAAAUUCAUUUAUACGAAUAACCUAAAUAAAUUCGUUUAUCAAGCUAAAAUUGGUUUGGUGUGCUAAAGCUAGAUGGAUGACAAGGAUCCUACAAGUGUAAUUAAAAUGAUUAAAGACCUUCGAUCUGGCUCAGAAGGUUAUCGACGAAAUAGUGGAGUUUCCGUUCGACUAUCUGCUACAGCAUGUAAUCCAUCAAUCUUUAAUAGCACCGAUGUAUGCAGUAUUUCUCCAAAACGUCCAAGACUGGAUGAUACAAGUGCCAGUAAUUCUAUAUUAAAUAAAAGCGAAAGUGAUCCUGUGCCUGGUAGUCCGUGGGAAUGGAGAAGAUUAAAAGGAGAAGUAGUUUCCUUAAAAACAAGAUUAUCGCAUCAAGAAGCGGCAGUUCAACAACUUCAUAAAAUUCGUAGGCAAAUGGAAGAAGUAUUUGAAAAAGAAAAAAAUCUUUUAGAAAUGCAAGUAGAUCAAGAAAAGCAGACAAUUAAACAGUUAGAAGUGCGUUUGGAUGUUGCUAGAAGAACUAUUCAAGAAGCACGCGAAGCACAAACUGUCGCAGAAAAAGAACUAUUUCAGGUAAAAGUUAAUUUAGAACAAAAAACUGUAACUUUAUUAAAUGAAAAUGCAAAACUUUUGGAGGAUCUUAAAAAUGCAUCCGUGCAAGAGAAAACUUGUCCACCUAAGGAUGAUGUAGCCCAAGCGGAUGUUCAAUUGAAGUUACAAGCUGCCGAAGAUAGAAUAGCUCAAUUGGAAGAAAAAUUAAAAGAAUGUAGAGCAUCUCAAAAGGACUACGAGAUACAAAAUGUAGAACUUCAAAAUAUCAAGAUUAAAAUGGAAAAAUUAGAGUCGGAGAAAGCGUUAUGGGAGGAAGGUAAACAAUUAGUGGCAAGAGCAGCGAAAGCAAGCGAAUUUGAAAAAGAAUUGAAUGCAGCUAAGGAAACAAUCGCAGUUUUAAGGGAAUCGGUCAGAGGAAAAUUACUUUUAGAAGAACAAAUGGCUAGCAUAACUAAAAGAUUAGAGCAUACGGAAAAAUUAGAACAACAGAUAGCAAUGUUGGAAACUACAAAAUCUGAAUUAUUACUUCGUCUCUCGGAGUACGAAUCAAUAGGAAUUAAUGGUGGACCUACCGCAUUGAAACGCGAAUUACAUCGACUUCAACAAGCAGAAGCAGUUUUAAUGGCAGAAGAAGGUCAAUUAAAAACUAAACUAGAUGCGGCACAAAGGGAGUGCCAAAAUUUGUCAAGGAAUUACGAGCAAGCUAAACAAUUAGCUAUAGAUGCGACAUCGUCAAAAGAAAAAUUGAAUAAACUAGUUAGCAGAUUGCAAAAGAAAAUGAUGCUUGUGACCAGAGAAAGAGACAGUUAUAGACAGCAAUUGGAUUUGUAUGAAAAAGAAAUGACUGUUGACAGUAGUAAUGCGAUGCUUGAAAGAGUUCCUUCAUUAGAACGUACUAUCGAAGGAUACAGGGACUUGGUUGCAAAAUUAGAAACCGAUUUGGAAUCUGUAGAAGGUAAUAACCAAAAAGAAGAAUGCAAUAAGUUGAGGGAAGAGAUUGAAAGAUUAAAAGGAGAAAUAGAACAUCGAGCUUUGAAAGGUGAUUUUAACAGUAAUGCUAGGGUAUUACACUUUACCAUGAAUCCUGCUGCAAUAGCAGAACAGCAAGCUGAGGAGAAGCGUAAGGUAUUAUUGCGCGAGCUGGAAGAACUGAGAGCAAAAGUCGCUACUGGCAGCGCAGGAACAGUGGUGUCUACUUUACAAAUACAAGAAAUUAAUGAACUCAAGCAAACUCAUGAAAUAAAGAUUGCGCGUCUCAAGGAAGCGUUUAAAGCGUCUUCUCAAGAGUACAGACAAGCAUGUUAUCAAUUAUUUGGUUGGAGAGUCGACAGAACUAAAGAAGGACGUUACAAGUUGUCCAGUCAAUACGCUGAAUCUCCUGAUGACUUUCUUUUUUUUCACGUUGGCGAGGAAGGAGUCGAUCUUCUAGAAACUGCUUUUUCUGCGACUCUCGGUACUCUGAUCGAGCGGCAUUUACAAAAACAACACAGUGUUCCUAUGUUUCUUAAUGCAGUGCAAUCUGAACUCUAUUUUCAACAAACAAUGACGAAUGUUAUCAAUUAAUUUUAUUUACAUCAUCAUCAUCAUCAUCAUCAUCAUCAUCAUCAUCAUCAUCAUGAUAAUCAU